UUGUCACCAUCACGCAAUGGUUUAACUUCGUUGACGAACGUUACUUACGUCGACAUUUCUUCUCGUGCAGAAGAUAUCCAAGCGGGGUUGAUUGAUACAUUCCUCAAUUUAGAAAAAAUCGACAAAAAUCUUUUCCUAGCACGUCAUUUAUUGAAAGGACGAAACUCCUUACCAGUAGUUUAUGGAGGUCAGGUUAUUGGUCAAGCACUCUCUGCGGCGACAGCCACGGUUGGCAGCGGUUUCUUACCAAAUAGCCUACAUAGUUAUUUUGUGCAAAGCGGGAAUGUUAACAUGCCCAUUCUUUACAUGGUUGAUCGAAUUCGGGAUGGACGUAGCUUUUGUACUCGUUUGGUUAAAGCAGUCCAGAAUGGGGACGCUAUAUUCACCGUGCAAAUAUCUUUUCAUAAGCCGGAACCUGAUUCGAUUUCUCAUCAAGUGGUUAUGCCCAGUGUGAUAGGACCGGAGGGUCUUUUGGACUGGACUCAGCUUAUGGAGGAAGCUGUAAAGGUGAAUUUAAUUUUGCAUCCAGCAGCUGCCGCCAUAAUUCGCUUCAAGCGCAAAGAGAUUCCUCCUGCAUUUUUCAGGAUCUUUUCCUUUCUUCCCGUUGAUGUGAAUUCGUUCCUUUUCAAACCGUCGGCUACGAACGAAUCCAAAAAACCUGAUCAGAACAGCUUCCGCUCUUAUAUGUGGAUUAAAGCAAAUGAGAACAUAGGAGAUGAUCCUCGUUUACACGUAGCUGCGGCUGCAUACAUCUCUGAUGCCACAAUGAUUGAGACUGCUGUUCGCCCUCACAGCAGGAUGGGCUUUAUUCCGUCAAUGGCUUUAACUUUGGAUCAUUCAAUUUGGAUGCACAGCGACCGCUUCCGCAUCGACGAAUGGAUGCUUUAUGAGAACCACUCGACAAUCGCUUGUGGCGGCCGUACACUGAUCGAAGGAAAGUUGUGGACUCGCGAUGGUCGUCUAAUCUUUUCUACAGCGCAAGAAGCUCUUAUCCGUGCUCCAAAGAGUGACCCAGCAGCAUCUCAUAAUGGAAGUUCUCAAUGA